UGUACCAUUUCAUAAAGGUUCCCCAUUUGUCUUCCCCUUUUGCUCCAAGAUAGAAAGGUCUAAGAGUUUGCUUCUGCCUUUUCACGUUGUACCUGGUAUAAAACCUGGUGCAUAGUAGGAACUAAACACAUUUGUAACCAGUUAGUGCCUGGCACGGAGCAGGGACUCAGCAUAUGUUUGUUGAGUCUCAUGACAUAUGACACAGUGAGCUGUGUGUGGUGGCUUAUUUCUGUAUUUCCAGCCGUUGGAGAGAUUGAGUUAGGAAGACUGUCGUAAGUUUGAGGGCAGCCUGGGUUAAGGAGAGAGACCCUGUCUCAAAAGAAUAAAACAAAAGCAAAACAGGGCGGGAGGUAGCUCAGCAGGUGAAGGCUCUGGCCACCAAACCUGACAACCUGAGUUUGAUCCCCAGGCCAUCUGUAGUGGAUAUUGAAUGUAGUUCUCUGACCUCCACACACAUCCAGCCUCCAUGUUCAUGAUGUGAUACACAUACUUUCACACACACACACAUGCACACGCACAUGCAGGCAUGCUCUCAAGAACACACCCACAAGUAAAUGAGGAAUGAAAAACAGUGUGACUGAAAGUGGUGCCCCACAGCUGUAAUUGUGGCGUAGCAUGCAGAGAAGGAGAAUUGCCUCAAGCUUGAGGUUAGCCUUGUCUUCACAGGAAGUGCCAGGACAGUCAGGACUACAGACUGAAACCCUGUCUCAAACAAACAAACAAACAAACGUAAAACAGCAACAACAAAAGACAAAACAGGGAAUAUCUCCUGAUUACAGGACUGUUUUGGUUUUAGUUAGACUUUCUUGGGCAAAAAGGUUUUAUUGGAAUUUUUUUUUCACUUGAAAUGCUAGGGUUAGAACUACAUUUGCCUAUUUAAAAGAUAUGCAACCCAAAGUGCUCUCUUACAGUCACACAGUGGUAGAGAUGUUGGAAGAAGAUGCUGGGUGUGAUGAGCUCUCUUGUAGUCCCAGCUUCUGGAAGAUCAGGAGUUCUAGAUCAUGUUUGCUCCGUAGCGAGUUCCAGGCCAGUCUGGUCUACCUAAAAGCCUGUCUCAAAACAAUAGCAGCAACAACAACAAACAGUAAUAAGAGUAAUACAUCUUGAUUUUUACUUAGAAGUAUAGAAGAAUGGGACAGGUGGCCACGGGAACAGAAAUCUAGCACUCACGUGUAUUUGAGCAUGAAGGCAUUCUGAGUUUUAGACAAAGGCAGCUUUUUACAGAUGCUGGGGACAAAGCAAGUAGGAAGAUUAAAGUCCCCAGAGCCAACAGGAGAGUGAGGUUUUGCUCCUUGAAGCGAUAAAAUUAGAGCAUUUCAUCCAUAUGCCCCAGAGAACCCCGUGGAGAUGAAUUUAAUGAUGUCAGUUUGUUUCCAGAGAGUGUCUCUGCUGUCACAGUACUGUGAUGUCACAAAACUAAAUCGAGAAACAAAGGAAGAAUUCUGUUGGCGUAUGGUUCUGAUAACUGGAAAGCAGCUUUGAAAAUUUCGGGAGAAGUAGAGAGAUUUCAGAUCAAACUUGCCUAUCUGUAGAUUUUUGAGGUGUUGAUACUUGGCUAGUUUUAUUGAAUUCCUGUCUUAAACUUCUGGAUUUUUUUUUUUACUAGUGGAACCAUUUUCUUUGUAGCAGUCAAUGGCUUAAUUUGAGCAAGCGUUGCUGUGGCUUUGGUUCCUCUGUGCUUCAGGAAGCUCGAGUCUGAAGGAUACAGGACUUUUUGUGAUGACAAUAUGACCCACAGUAAAGGAAGACCUGUCACUUACAAGACAAGUGCCAGUCCGGAGAGUGGAGGAGGGUUUGUAGAUUGGACUUUAAAUUUAAAUACAAUUCAAUCUGACAAGUUUUUAAACUUACUUUUAAGCAUGGUGCCAGUCAUUUACCAGAAAAAUCAGGAAGACAGGCAUAAAAAAGUAAACGGCAUUUGGCAGGAUGGGCUGUCGGGUGCAGCACAGACCUUCAGCAAGCGAUCAGAGCCACAUCUGGACUACCAUGAGUUCUCAGAGCAGGCUUUCCACAGCAGCAGCGGGCACGCUCCAGCCAGCUGUAGCCCCAAGUACGACGACUAUGCCGGCUAUAACUACUGUGACGGGAGGGAAGCUUCGGAAACCACCGCCAUGUUACAGGACGAAGGUCUGUCCAGCGACGGCGAUGAUGUCAUUGUGGAAACAAGCCAGAGGCUCCCGAAGGAGUCCAGUGGAGUCAUGGCUCUGCAGAUACUGGUGCCGUUCUUGCUGGCUGGGUUUGGAACUGUUUCCGCUGGCAUGGUUUUGGACAUAGUGCAGCACUGGGAGGUUUUCAAAAAUGUGACAGAAGUCUUCAUUUUGGUCCCCGCGCUUCUUGGUCUUAAAGGGAACUUGGAAAUGACGCUAGCUUCUCGAUUAUCCACUGCAGUGAAUGUCGGGAAGAUGGACUCACCCAUUGAGAAGUGGAAUCUAAUCAUUGGCAACUUGGCUUUAAAGCAGGUUCAGGCCACAGUGGUUGGCUUUUUAGCAGCCGUGGCAGCCAUCAUUCUGGGCUGGAUUCCAGAAGGGAAGUAUUAUCUCAGCCAUUCCAUACUUCUGUGCUCCAGCAGUGUGGCAACCGCCUUCAUCGCAUCUCUACUGCAGGGAAUAAUAAUGGUUGGAGUUAUCGUUGGCUCCAAGAAGACAGGCAUAAACCCUGACAAUGUGGCCACACCCAUUGCUGCUAGUUUUGGUGAUCUAAUAACUCUCGCCAUAUUAGCUUGGAUAAGUCAGGGUUUGUACUCCUGUCUUGAGACAUACUAUUACAUUUCCCCGUUAGUGUGUGCCUUUUUCUUGGCUCUGACUCCUAUCUGGAUUAUAAUAGCUGCCAAGCACCCAGCUACCAGGACCGUGCUCCACUCAGGCUGGGAGCCUGUCAUAACGGCCAUGGUUAUAAGCAGCAUCGGGGGCCUUAUUCUGGACACAACUGUAUCUGACCCAAACUUGGUUGGGAUUGUUGUUUACACACCAGUUAUCAACGGGAUCGGUGGCAAUUUGGUGGCCAUUCAGGCUAGCAGGAUUUCUACCUACCUCCAUUUACAUAGCAUCCCCGGAGAACUACCUGAGGAGCCCAGAGGCUGUUCCUACCCAUUUAGGACUUUUUUUGGUUCAGGAGUGAACAAUAAGUCUGCCCAGGUUCUCCUGCUCUUUGUGGUCCCCGGCCACUUGAUCUUCCUCUACACAAUUCACCUGAUGAAGAGCGGCCAUACCUCCCUGACUGUGGUCUUUGUUGUUGUGUACCUGCUUGCUGCUGUGCUGCAGGUGUUCACUCUGCUGUGGAUCGCUGACUGGAUGGUCCACCGCUUCUGGAGGAAAGGCAAGGACCCGGACAGUUUCUCCAUCCCAUACCUGACGGCACUGGGCGAUCUGCUUGGGACUGCUCUGCUGGCCUUAAGCUUCCAUUUUCUCUGGCUUAUUGGAGACCGAGAUGGAGACGUUGGAGACUAAUGGUACCUACAAGCUGUCCUGGGGUCACCCAGGGGGAGGACACAGGGCUAGCCAUUGCUGCCCCUCCCCAAAGCUCUCCAUCUGUCCUGUGACUUAUGCCAGGGUAGUCUGCAGUUCACCCUGACUCCAUAAAAUGGCCUUAAUGUACUUUUUAAGGAAUUUGUGCCGAAACCACAAUGAACGGUAUUUGUGCUGCUUUUUGUAGAAUAAAUAAUUUGACACAGACAUAGAUACAAGCUCACACUCUAAAGUUAAUUAGGAAAGAAUAUAGGAUGUUUACAAUGAGUUAAUUUUGAAACCACAGGCCUAGCAGAAAUAGACUUUGUUAUUAAGUUAUAAUGCACAGUUAGAGGCAAGGGAGCUUUAGCCUUCUUUGUCUUACAGUUGUGUCACACUACAGAGUGCUGUGACGUGACCGGGACCAGCUUAGUGUCCCUAAGUGUUCAUUAGGCCUUCCUCCCUGGGAGCUAAGGUUACCAGUCACUUAACUCACAAGACUCAUCCCGAACCUAACAACCAGCUCACUUUUACCCAUGCCUAAAACUGCCCAGUGCCCAUGUUCGUCUCUGCUCUGCAAGUUCUCAACCCUUUGAGUAGAUUUUUUCCUGCUGUGUUGCCCCUGCAGGCCUUCAGCUUGCAGUCUUCUUGCUUUGGUUCCCUCCUCCUAAUGCUAAAAGCACUGAGCCAUCUCGCUCAUCCUGUGUUGAGAAAUGUUGAUCCAAUUUAGAAAACCGUGAUUAAAGCAGAAGAUGAGAGGAGCUGUGUUUGUGGAUCGGAGAUGGCAUGUGUGUGUGUGUGCACAUGCAUAAGGGACAGACCACAGAAAGACAGAGACAAAGUAAUUUCUUUUUCAAAAAUAAGUACCAUUUAAUAUAAUGCAGACCUAAGAUCUGGGAGGCACAGGUGGUCCUGUUGCCCUUUAAGGUGCCCUGUCUCUCAGAUGUCCCAAGUUGGCAACUUACCUCAGCAUCCAUUGGCUUCAUCUACAGGAACUGCCUCAUAUAUGUGGCUAUAUUCCUCAGAUGUCCUUCUGAAACUUUGGCCAAUGUCAUGAGCACCUAACCCCUGGCUACUCAGUAGUACGCACUUAAAAUUGCCGUGCAAUCGUUCAAGGCCAUUAAAUAUUUAAUAAUUUAAACUGCUGAGGGGAUGUAAUCCACAUGACAUUGACUGUCAUGUUGAGAUUGUGCUGGUGUAUAACUAGCAGGUAGCUUGUAAAUAUACUGAGGAAGUAUUCUUACUAAGUCUUUAUAGAGGCUGUGGUUUAGAGUUGUAUAUUUUUGCUUAUUUUUAAACUUCGUUCAAUUCUCCUGCCUUAUAAUCAAACUUUUAAGGCAUAGAACUGAAUGAAUUAUGGGAUCUCUCCUUUGGAGAGUUAGUGUCAAGGAGUGAACAUUCUGACAAAAUAAGCAUAAAGUUUAAGUUAAUGGAUAAAUAUUUAGUUGCAAAGAUUAUUUUAUUUUUUAAAAAAAUAAUGAAUACUACCUUUCAUUUUAUUAUAAAAGCAUUUGUGAAUUUGGGUUUUGCAUUUGGCUGUACAUUCUUUUGUUUUGUUUGUUUUGAUGGUUUUUUUGGGUUUUUGUUUUGUUUUGUUUUGUUUUGUUUUUGAGACAGUCUUGCCCAGGCUAGGCUUAAACUUCAGACCCACCUGUCUUAGCCUCCUGGGAUUCAUUUUCUUUAACUCACAAAAACCAUGCAGAGUAGGCCCCAGUGUUAGCCUGACCAACAGGCACACGAAGAUGCACGAGUUACAGCAUGUGGUGCUGACAGCCGCGCCUUGCAGGUGGGUGGAGUGGAGACUCCUGUCUGUGUUUCAUCGAGGGGGCCAUGGACAUGCAGAGCAGUGACAUUUGUAAGAUUUCACAGCUAUGCAGUGGGCAGACUCUUCUGGACCCAUAGAUCUUGUCAGACACAUGUGUGUCCCACCCCCAGACGUGCAAAGUGUCCACCUAGUGACCUGAGAAAGCCCAAUCAAGUGUCACUAGUCUGUUAGAUUGCCAGCAGGGAAGCUUCUUCCUGAUGUGGACCAACUGCGAACUCUUCCUGUUCCUAAGGUCAGAGAGACUGUAAAGGAGCAUUUACCUUACAAAAUAUUUUUUAUCUUAUAAUGAAGACUUUUAGACUGAAGAACAAUGCCUCACUUCUUAAGGCCUCCGAGAGCCAAUCCUCUUCCUAGAUCUACUGUUCAGGCAGGACAACGGGAGGCUGAGUCUCAGGACAGCAAAAAUGUUUGAGACACAUGUAAUGGACAGAAGUAGACUUGGACUAAAUGCAUUGGGAAGGGACAUGCAGUUAAUUACAGAUCUUUUAAAGUUUCUGUGUAAGUAUGUAAGUUUUACUUACCCAUAAAAUUUAUUAUCGGUCUUAGGUAAAUGAACAGUAUUUUUAUACCACACAGGACCCUGCUUUCCAAAACUGUUUUUCCACUAAUUUACCAGGCACAUUAUACUCGCAGCCAAAAAAGAUCAUAUUUUUUUAAUUCUUGACCAUCCACUUAUUUUGAAAUUUCCAAAGUUUCUUAGAAGCUAAUAAGAUAGAAACACAUGAGGGAGUGUCUUAUGGAGCCGUCAGAAAGCAUCACAUCAGAGAUUGUCCAUUAUGUAGCCAAAUGCAUCUUUUAAAAGUCUGUCAGUGGUGGGUGUACCUACCUUCCCUGUGUCUGAAGUAUAUUUGUGCCACUAAUCGUGGGCUCUGGCAUCUUGGGAUUGCUGUAAACCCAAAUCAAAAUAAAAUUUGAGAAGCA